GUGGGCUAAGGUUCGCCUUCGCACAGUAGUACCGAGCGGAUCAGCUCCCUGCCGACACUUAAACUCGUCAAUCAGGAUUAAUGGACUGCUGUAUAAAAACUCACUACGCCUUUGCGAACACACACAAACGCUUCCAGCUCUUAUUUAUGUGUAUUUUUUCUCUCGGGCUAACUGGCUUGGAACGAUUAACCUCUGCGUGAUCCCGGACAACAGCAAAGAAGGAACAAAAAUAAAAUAUGUGUGAGAGAGAAAACAUUAUGGGUUUUAAAGAUAGGAGAAAUUGAUUGAACAGGAGGCGCUUACCCGGUGAAAUUGACACGCCCGGACAUUUUUUAAAAGUAAUUUUUUAUGAAACUUUUUUUUGGUGGGGAGGGAGGUGAAACUUUGUUGUACGACAGAGGAACGGGUGCAGUUCCAUUUUGUGUUGUUGUUUAGGAUGAGAAUGGAGUGGAGGAACGUGGCUUCGUUGUUGCAGUUCCCGGUGCAGAUGGCUUUCCUUUUGCUACGCGCUGCUGUGUCGCUGCUUCUCCCGACUAGACCGAGGGAGCUGAGCCGGGACACGGUGCUCAUCACAGGCGGAGGCAGAGGCAUCGGCCGCCACCUGGCUCUGGAGUUCGCUAAGCAAGGGGCCAGGAAGAUCAUCGUGUGGGGUCGGACGGAGAAGUGUCUCAGGGAGACUUGUGAGGAAAUCUGCAGCUUGGGAGUAGAGUGCCAUUACUUUGUGUGUGAUGUGGGCAACAGGGAGGAGGUCUACCAACAAGCUAAAGCUGUACGGGAGAAGGUGGGUGACGUUACUAUCCUGGUGAAUAACGCUGCAGUUGUCCAUGGGAAGACUCUAAUAGACAGCGAUGAUGAUGCUCUCCUCAAGUCCCAGCAUAUCAACACACUUGGCCAGUUUUGGACAACAAAAGCCUUCCUGCCACGGAUGCUGGAACUGCAACACGGACACAUAGUCUGCAUGAACUCUGUGCUGGCGCUGUCUGCCAUCCCUGGAGCCAUCGACUAUUGCACCUCCAAAUCCUCCUCCUUCGCCUUCAUGGAGAGCCUGACGCUGGGGCUCCUCGACUGUCCGGGUGUCAACGCCACCACCGUCCUCCCUUUCCACACCAGCACCGAGAUGUUUCACGGCAUGAAGACCAGGUUUCCAAAACUCUUCCCGCCCCUGCAACCUGACACAGUGGCUCGCCGGACAGUGGAAGCAGUGCGGACUAACCAGGCUCUCCUCUUGCUGCCCUGGACCAUGCACUUACUUGUCAUCAUGAAGAGUAUACUCCCACAUACGGCCUUGGAAGAGAUUUAUAGGUUUACCGGAAGCUAUGUGUGUAUGGACAGCUUCAAAGGGCGAACAUAAGAGGCCCAAAUGUGCUCGCGGCUCACUCUCCGAUCUCCCGAGCAAGCUGGAAAAUGAACUUUCAGAAUGUCUGUGGCAGGCGACUCUGACAUUUUCCUGUCAAGUUUUGCAGGACUUUAAGCAUUGGAUCGUCAGCGGGACAAUACUGCCCUGAGCUCCCCCUUGGGGAAGUGAACUGUGUAAUCCAACAAGACAUUAACGGAUGGACAAAAAAAAAACUUGGUGGCUUGUUUCGUGUGAGAGCUUAAGUGUCUUCAUUCUAAGUAUAAUUUGGGACAUCCGAAACCCUUCACCAGCAAACCUGCGUGGCUUCUAAAUAUGCUCUUUUGCGUUGAUGGUAUUCUGCAGGCAGCCUGCUUCACAGGAUGUGAAUUUUCACAUUGUGCCAAUGACUUUGCAUGCAGUUCCACUUGAUGUUACUCAGUUUAAUAAGAGGAAUUCCAGUGAAAAUUCAUCUCCUUUUUCCUUUUUAAAAUCAUGCUGUAAAUUUUAAUAUUUAAACUCUUUCUAAUUUGCCACCCGGGCUAAAAAUUCUCCCUCGAGUUUAGUGAAAGAAUAAAAUGUAAAAAAAUGACCUGGCUUUGGAAUAUUAAAAUACUAAUUGACUCUGCACUAGGA